GUUUCACAAGGAGAGAGAGAGAGAUUCUGCUCCAAAAAAAAAAAAAACAGAGGGAGAGAGAGAGAUUUGCAUGUUCUUACACAAUUUUUUUGUUUCAUUUCAAGAGCACGCAUUUUUUGCACCAUUUUUCUGUUUGUACUUUUUUUUCAUUGACAAGGAUCUCCAAAUUCUCUCCGUUAUACGUAUCCACAUUUUACACGGCUUUUUUAUGGUCAUAAAUCACACUGUUUGUAUACCAUUCCUCAAAAAUCUCAUUCUCUCUGGGACUACUUUGAUCAGCCAUUCACACACUUCAAAGCUAAACAAUCUCUCACUUUUUUUCUCGUUUCAUUAAUUUCUAAGCAAACCCAUGAAAACCUUGAUCCCACUGUAUUAGAAUCAGAUUAUCAAGUUUCUGGAGAAAAAAAAGUGACAAUAGCUAUCCGAUUCUCUGUUUUCUUAUAUAAAAUUAGAUUAUAGACUUGAACUUUUUGGUUUCUUGGGUAUAGAUUAAUAGAGAGAGAGUUUCUCAAAAAAAAAAAAAAGAUUAAUAGAGAGAGAGAGUGUGUGAAAUAAGGGUGUAGAACCAGUAUCAGAAUCUAAUGGCUGAGUUUGGAGCAAAAUGGAGGUGGGGUUUGAGAUGGGUGUGGAUGGUUAUGUUGUAUUAUCUGAUAGUUUUGGUGGUUGUUUCGGCCCAAAGGGAGCUGAGACUGGAAGCUUUAAGUUUCAAUGGAACGGAAGGAGUACCUGAAUCCAAUUACCUUCUCAAAGCUGUAAAUUUCUUGUGGCAAGCCAACAAAUCGGGUUAUCACCACGUUUGGCCGGAGAUCAAAUUGAAUUGGCAAAUUGUUGUGGGUUCAAUAGUUGGAUUCUUUGGAGCUGCAUUUGGGAGUGUUGGUGGCGUUGGUGGUGGUGGCAUUUUUGUUCCUAUGCUUACCCUGAUUAUUGGGUUUGAUCCCAAGUCAGCAACAGCUAUAUCAAAAUGUAUGAUCAUGGGUGCCGCAGCCUCAACUGUUUACUACAACCUUAAGCUAAGGCAUCCUACACUUGAUAUGCCCAUCAUUGACUAUGAUUUAGCACUGCUCAUCCAGCCAAUGCUUAUGAUGGGCAUUAGUAUAGGAGUGGCUUUCAACGUUAUAUUUGCUGAUUGGAUGGUCACAGUUUUGCUUAUUGUUCUGUUUAUAGGCACGUCAACAAAGGCAUUCCUCAAGGGUGUUGAAACAUGGAAAAAGGAAACCAUUAUGAAAAAUGAGGCUGCUAAGCGACUGGGCUCAAAUGGUUCUGAUGGUGCAGAGGUGGAAUACAAGCCUCUUCCUGCUGGCCCAAAAAAUGACACUCAUAAAGACACCAAAGAACCAGAGGUUACUAUUAUUGAGAAUAUUUAUUGGAAGGAACUUGGACUUCUUGUUUUUGUCUGGAUUUCAUUCCUUGUCCUCCAGAUUGCCAAGAAUCAUACAGCUACUUGUUCAACAGAAUACUGGGUGUUGAACUUCUUGCAGAUCCCUAUUUCUUUUGGGGUGUCUUUGUACGAGGCAGUUAGCCUUUACAAGGGACACAGAGUUAUUGCAUCCAAGGGAGAUGAGGGGACAAAUUGGAAAGUACAUCAGCUGAUUUUCUAUUGUGCCGGCGGUGUACUGGGAGGAAUAGUUGGUGGGCUGCUUGGCCUAGGUGGAGGGUUUAUUAUGGGUCCACUAUUUUUGGAGCUGGGAGUACCCCCUCAGGUCUCAAGUGCCACUGCCACCUUUGCAAUGACCUUCUCAUCGUCUAUGUCUGUUGUGGAAUACUACCUUCUGAAUCGUUUUCCUGUUCCUUAUGCUCUCUACUUUGCUGCUGUGGCUACUAUUGCAGCCUUCAUAGGACAGCAUGUUGUGAGAAAGCUGAUCAUUUUAUUUGGGAGAGCAUCACUGAUCAUCUUUAUUCUAGCCUUCACAAUAUUUGUUAGUGCAAUUUCACUAGGUGGAGUUGGCGUAUCAAACAUGAUUGGGAAGAUUCAGCAGCAUGAAUAUAUGGGAUUUGAGAACCUCUGCAAUUACGAUGCAUAGCUAGUUUUUCUUUUUCUUUUUCUUCCUACCUUUGGUUUCUAAUGUUAAACAUACUCCCGAGGAAGUAAAUUUUCGUACACUUUUGUACCACUUGUUGGGUCUUAUGAUGAAGUGCUUCAAGUAAUUUCUUCAAA